AUGCCACAUGCGGAGGUGGAAAAGGCACUGGAGGAGGCACGUAUCGCCGCGAUGAGCCCUGCUGAGCGUGAGGCGAUGCAACAACGGGAGGGACCAAAUGAGUCACUUUUCGUCACUGUGGCUCGCGGACUAAACCUGACGAACCGAAAUGGUGAACCACUGGCCCAGGCGCAAGUGUCCGUCUUCGCAGGCGACAUGGAAGGAUCAACCUUCGUUGCGUCAAAUGAGCUGGAAGAUGAUGGCCUGACGCACCUUGUUACGUGGAACCAGGAGGUGCGAUUCAUUGAGGUCGACGGUGGUCAGACAUCCAUUGAUGUACACGUCCUCGAGGACAAGCAGACCAUUAGCAGUGGCUCCUUCCAGCUCGAGGACGACCACGGCUACGUCGUCGUGAAGAUGCACGAUCCGUUCGAUGACAGCAUCCAGCAGGGUGAGAUUGUUGUGACAUACAAGCGCGUACGCUCCAGCGAGGAGGGCGCUGCCAAGACGACCAAUGGGGACGCUAAUGGCAAUGACGACGACGAGGUUGAGAACGCCAACCACAGCCCCAAUAAGAGUAACAGUGGCAGCCCUAAUAGGGGACGCACCUCCGAAAAGGGUGCCAGCCCCAACAAGAGCCAGAGCCCCAACAAGAACCGCAGUCCUAAUAGGGAACGCGACUCCGAAAAGAGUGCCAGCCCCAACAAGAACCGCAGUCCUAAUAGGGAACGCGCCUCCGAGAAGAGUGCCAGCCCCAACAAGAACCGCAGUCCUAAUAGGGAACGUGUCUCCGAGAAGAGUGCCAGUCCUUACAAGAGUGAGAGCCCCCAAAAGGACAACAGUCCUGAGAAGAGGAGCAUUAGUCGUGAUUCUGAAAAAAAAAAUGAAGAGAAAUACCCAAAUGGUUCAGAAAAGGAGUACGGCAACAAAGACGAGGGCGCCGAGAAAGAGGAGAUUGAACGCGAGGAUCAUGUAUCCGAGCGUUGUGACGAAAGGAGCAACAAUGCAGCUGAAGAGGAAGAACGGGAAGAAGUGGACGAAGUAGUUGACCAAGAUGUGCGCAAUGAGGCUGAUCAUGAAGAAUGCCCCGAUGAGGCGGAUAAUCUCACCAGGGAACAAGAUGGCGAGCACAGCGAUGUAGAGAAGGAAGCGGAUAACUACGAAGAAGCAGGGCCCGCUGACAGUGUACCUGAGGCUGCCGAUGAGAUGAACCAGCAGUCUCCGUCAAAGAAGCAAAACGACGAAAAACAACAGAAGAAGAAGGACGAGCAGCCGAAGAAGAAGGAUGAGCAUCCGAAGAAGAAGGCCGAGCAGCCGAAGAAGAAGGAUGAGCAGCCGAAGAAGAAGGAUGAGCAGCCAAAGAAGAAGGACGAGCAGCCGAAGAAGAAGGACGAGCAGCCGAAGAAGAAGGACGAGCAGCCGAAGAAGAAGGAAGAGCAGCCGAAGAAGAAGGAAGAGCAGCCGAAGAAGAAGGAAGAGCAGCCAAAGAAGAAGGAAGAGCAGCCAAAGAAGAAGGAAGAGCAGCCGAAGAAGAAGGACGAGCAGAUGAAAGAGGCUGCACAAGAGGCGAGAGAAGAGGCAGAAAGGGAGAAUGAGCCGGAGUACGAUCCCGAAGUGGGUGUGAUGGAGCCGGAGAGACGCGUCGAUGAGCAUGAGUUGUCUCAGGAGGAGCUACCCGACGAUGUUGCGGAUGAAGAGGGUGCAGAGGAUUCCGCCAGCAAGCAGCAUGAUGAGCCAGAGGACUAUCCUCAGGAAAAAGUGGAACCACAGCAGCAGGACAGGGAUAUUCGGCAGCCGCACUGGGAUGACGAUGAACUGAAGCAGCACCAGAAGGAGAUGGAGCGCGCCCGAGAGAUGGAGCUGGCGGGACGGCCUCAACAGGAAAGUGAGGCGCCAGCACCCGGCGUAGGGAGUGAGCGCAAGCCCCCGCGUGCCCUAAUACGCGAGCCUGAUUCCAGCGACGGCCGCGGUACGUCGACGACUGACGGCAGCAAGGGCCGUGGCUCGUCGCCCGCGUACGCCCCUCCUUCCCGCUCGCGCUCGGACACCACACAGGAACGCAGCCAAAGUGACGGCACCCGGCGCCAUCACGGUCUGUCGCCGCUCGGCCAAGACACCGACGAGUCCUACGUUGAGAAGCUGGCCUCGCGCAAGAUGCCGUCGGUGCGGCAGCCGUGGUACCCCACCUCAAACGCCACGAACGAGGACCACAUCCCGCUGGAGAAGCGCGAGAGUUUCCGCAACCGCACGGACUCCAUAAGAGAGUUGGAGCGCCGCUCGCGGGAGUCGUCGCGGGGCAGCGGGCGCCCCCCAAGCCACUACAUCUCGCAUGAUUGA